AUGGCAAAGAUGACUGAUGAACAACGUGUAUUCAUUGAACUAGUAAGAGAUCUGGACAUGCCUGGUUUCAUUCUUCUGAUCUUCUACGUCUACGCGCUCUUUACGUUUUACGUUGUGAGGCGCCGGCGUCGAAACAAUGCUCGGAUUUUUCGUCAAUUACGAAAAGAGAUGGAAGAAGAAUUAAUCGAAGAGACGGACGAAUAA